AGGUCUUAUUGAAGAACACCAGCUUUCUGCUCUGCCGGAGUCCCAAUUGCCCAAUCUGGUAAGUUGUCCUCUCCAAUCAAACGGUUUCUUUCUUUCACUUGGCGUUCGCGCCAAAACUCUGGUUCCUACCCUUUCUCUAUUAUUUUCUGGUCAAUUCUGCUUUCUUAAUUUUCUGCCCAAUCGCAUGUACUCGCUCAACUAAGCAUUUUCUCCCUUACAGGACACAGCAGGGGAAGGGACGCUCAACAGCCUCAUCCGUCAUCGCUUCGGACUUAAAACACCCCUCCCCGAGUUAUGCCGAGAACGUCGAACUUAGCAUCACACGAGGCGCAAUUCAAAUUUUUGAUUACCUCACAGUCCAAUCGGUCGGAGCAUCCCUGCGAUUGGCCCUUUUUUAGUAAAAUCUAAAAGGGACACCGAAGAAUUGCGGGAGGAAACGGACACGGGUUGCGGAGGAACAUAGACGGUCGCGCUCGCGGUUCCCUCGACCUUUUCAUACAUUAUGGCGUGGGAUCACUUAGAUAUCGAUAGGCCGCAUUUGGCAUACAUGAUUCUGGGUGGCUUCACCGGCCUAUUCAUGCUUUGUUCCCUCUUUGUGAAGGAGAAACUGUACAUUGGUGAGGCAACCGUUGCUACGCUUUGCGGUAUCAUCUUUGGGCCUCAUGCGGCCAAUCUCUUCAACCCCCAUGAAUGGGGCAACGUUGACAAGAUCACUCUCGAGUGCUCGCGGAUUGUCCUGGUUGUUCAGUGUUUCGCUGUCGGUGUCGAAUUGCCCAAGUCCUACAUGAAUCGCCACUGGAAGUCUGUCUUCCUACUGCUGGUGCCAGUCAUGACUUGGGGUUGGCUUAUCACUAGCUUGUUCAUCUGGUGGAUGGUCCCUCCCCUUAGUUGGCUUGAAAGUCUUGUAUGCGCUGCCUGCGUGACCGCCACUGAUCCCGUGCUUGCAUCGUCAGUCGUCGGUAAAGGUAAAUUCGCUAAGCGUGUGCCCAAGCAUUUGCGAGACCUAUUGUCGGCUGAGUCUGGCUGCAACGACGGUAUGGCGUUCCCCUUUAUUUACCUGUCAUUCUACAUUUUACGGUACCGUCCGGACGCAGGAAAAGUGACCCUGCACUGGUUCUGCGUCACGAUCCUGUACGAAUGUAUCUUCGGCGCAUUCUACGGUUUCAUGAUUGGUUAUGCGGCCCGUCAUUCGAUCAAGUUUGCCGAACGCAAGGGGCUGAUCGAUCGCGAAAGCUUUCUGGUCUUUUACUUCGUGUUGGCGGUCUUUUGCGCCGGCUCCGGCAGCUUGUUGGGCAUGGACGACCUUUUGAUAGGUUUCUCGGCGGGAGUGGGUUUCAGUAACGAUGGAUGGUUCACCGAAAAGACGGAAGAGUCUCACGUAUCCAACGUUAUUGAUCUUUUGCUGAAUUUGGCGUACUUCGUGUACUUCGGGUCUAUCAUUCCCUGGGAAAAUUACAAUGCCCCGGAACUCGGCCUUGUCCCGUGGAGACUUGUAGUGAUCGCCAUCUUGGUUAUCUUUUUCCGCCGAAUCCCGAUCAUGUUGAUAUUGAAACCAAUCAUACCGGAUGUGAAAACUUGGCGUGAGGCUCUCUUUGCUGGUCACUUCGGACCUAUUGGUGUCGGUGCCAUCUUUGCUGCCAUCCUAGCUCGAGCUGAAUUAGAGACGGAUAGCACGCAGCCCCUCACGGAGGCGGAGCUACCGAAAGUGGGUACGGCCGAUUAUUAUAUCGUGCAACUCAUCUGGCCUAUCACGACCUUUAUGGUCAUAUCCUCCAUUUUAGUCCAUGGCUCAUCAAUUGCCGUGUUUACGCUCGGUAAGCGCAUCAACACCUUGACCAUCACGCUGUCCUACACCACUGCGAAUGACGAGGGCCCGUCUUGGAUGAAUCGUCUGCCUCGAGUUCAAUCUAUAGCUAAAGGCUCCAUGUCUUUCCGAAAACCGGAUGAUAUGGACGCGUCUUCCAAUGAACAGGAGUAUCCUCCUGGCACCCUUCCUCCCGUCGGCGUGCCUGGUAACUUCCUGCGCCGGGUUCGGGACGACGAUACGGAGUCGCCUAAUAGUAGAACCCCCAGUCGGAGGCCCCAGAGACGGCGUCGACAUGCUUCCGGCGCCGGUGGUCCUAUCAGCCAGUCAGCGAUUGCGCCCCAACGGCCCAUAGAGACUGAAGAUGCAGAGGAGCAAGAGGAACGAGACAAUAUCGAACGAGAAGGUUCGCCGCCGUCCAAGGAGCGGGAUCAAUUUGGACGAGAACCGGUUAUGGAGGUCUAUCUGGAAGGGCAUCACAUGGUCAUCGAGGAUGAAGAAGGAAAUGUCCUGAAGACAGAAGAUAUCAGUCACAUAUCGCCCGAGGAGCGACAGCGACACAUUGAAGAACAGCGUGACAAGUUGCUGCAGGAGAAGAGGGGAGAAUUUGCCAAGUCUAGGAGCCAGCCACACGCAAAGAACGAAGGAGAAGAGGUUGAACAAGCUUUAGAAGAGAAAGCCGGUCACCCGCUCGAAAAGGCUCGCAAGCGUUUCGGCCAGUUGAUCGGCUUUGGAAAGGGCCGCGCCCAAGACCCAGAGGCGCAAGAAGCUGAAAAUGCUGCCGAGAAGAAGCAGCAGGCUGCUGUUGACAAGAAUACCAAGGGCAAGUCUCGCUCGGCCCACGCAUAUCAGUUUGGCAAUACCAUCAUCGUGGAGGAUGAAGAUGGAGAGGUGAUCAAGAAGUACUCUAUCCCUUCAACAGACAAGCCUGAGACAGGAGCACCCGUUCGGCGUAGAUUGAACCGCAUGGGAACCUGGCUCGGCAUGGAAGGUGAAGGAGAGCCGUCGCAGACAGAGAAGAAGGCAGCCGAAGAUGACUGGCUGGCGGACGACGGUCUUCGAUUCACCGUGGCCGACGAUGACAACAUUGGUAAGAAGGGUAUCAGCCACAAGAGCGGUCGCAGAAUGAACAAGCAUGAAUUUGUCCAGCAGCUCCGCAACCUUGGUCCCAAGGCUCGCCGUGAUUUGGUGGAAGAGACAGAUGCUCCACAGCAUGUCAAGGACGUUGCCCGGGGUGAAGCUCGAGAAGCAGAGAAUAAGGAAUCCCUUUCUGGCGGCUCUGCCGAAGACAAACAGCGUCAAGCGGCACCUGCCCGACCUGCAUCGGUCUCUAGCAGUGAAAGCGACCGGUCUGACCUGGGAGUUCCUGGUGACAACAUAGCCGCGUCGUUGGCCCGGUUCACCCGUGGCACAGCCGCCGAGGAGCGUCGCAGUACUCUUGACCCUUCUCCCCAUCCUCGGUCACGCAGAGACUCGGAAGAUGACGGUACUGCGCGUGUUCCCCCAGCUCAACUCAGAGAAGCAGCUGGUCUGUCGCGUCCACCUCAGCAAAUUGAUGACGACACGGGCGAGACACCUGCUGAGCGUCGUCGUCGUCUCGCUGCUCUCGGUGAACUGAACUCGGACGAUUCCGAUGGGUCGGAUGGUGCAGUCGAAUCCGACAGCGAGGACAAUCUAGGGUUCCGCCGAGUAGGCAGCAAGGUCCAGUUUGUUGAGGGACCGAAGCCCUCUGAGGGUGGAAAUGGAAGCAGCCCCAACCCAGAAAACGGUUCAAGUUCCUCAAGCUCGCGAGCUGACCAGGGACAUCAGCGAUCCAUCUCUUGGGGAGGAGAAAAAGGACGGGAGGUCUAAAGAAAACCGAACAACGCACACAAACCCACACCCAGAGAG